AAGUGUUACUAAACCCACAACAGUAAAAUCAGUCUGUAUAUGCAGUAAAGCAUGCUUGUUAUACUCACUGUGGAACUUAAGGGGUUAAUCCUCUGCAUUGUGUAAAACCGCUUUUUGAUCCUGUCUUCUCCGAUCCUCCCCUUCUUCCAGUGCCCCCCUCUUAUCUCCUGAUAAGACAUAUCAUGUGGAGUCAAUCUGCACAUGCUCAGGUAGUGUAUAUUGGUAGAGAGAUUAUUUUUGUUCUUGGGAGGGUGCAUGUGAUCAGCACAGGGCCAAUCAGAUCUGUCCAGACAGAGGGUCAGGGG